AUGAGGCCCAUAAAAUCCCUAGUCCCCAACCGGCCUCAGACCAAGUCACUAAUCCGCACUCCACUCACUAGUAUAUCAUCUCGCGAACAGUUAUUUCACAACAUUCCGAUCCCCGAUCCAGUUCCCAUCAUUAAUCAAAAGGCCACCGCCAUCAUGUGCAUCUACACGAUCAACGAAUACCCCUUCUGCAGCGAUCUAAACAUCUACGUCGCCCCCGAGGACGCCACUAUGUGCGAGGGCAACGGCAACCAGAUGUGCCGCAAGUACAGUUUCACGGCCUGCGCUAAUCUCACACGGACUGGCCGUCCGUGCGUGGCGCAUAGGAGCGAGAGGAAGUACCGUGAGGCAAUCGAGGCACGCGAGGAUACGAUUAUUAGGGUGCACCUUACGGACUGUAACAUGAAAGUGGAUGUGAACAUGGGCUGCAAAGUCGGCAACGGCAAACGCAGGACCGACUACUUCAACAAUCCAACUACCGUUGAUGGCGUCCCAAAUAUCGGGCCUCAGCGCUUCCCCAAAAUUGGGGUUGAUGGACAGAGGCUCAUCGAAUUGAUUCAAGAGAGAGAGAGGAAUUAA